AUGUUUAAUCGCACUCGGAGGCCGGAACGUAGUGAUCUGAAUAAUGGCGUGAGGAGUCCUCUCUUGGAAGAGUUCCGGGCAAACAAGACAAGGAAAUGGGAACUUCGGAACCUCUUUGGACACGUGAACGAAUUCAGCGCAGAUCAGCAUGGUUCUCGCUUCAUCCAGAUCAAGCUCGACACUGCCACCCCUGAGGAGAAGCAAAUGGUCUUCGACGAAAUUCUCGCUGGGAACAUUAUGCCCCUCGUCACGGACGUCUUUGGCAAUUAUGUUAUCCAAAAGCUGAUCGAGUUCGGCGGCGAGACUGAGAGGAAUGCUAUAUUUGAGGCCAUGCAGGGCCAUUUCUUGAUCCUCUCUUGGCAUAUGUAUGGAUGCAGGGUAGUCCAGAAGGCCAUCGAGUACAUCACUCCCGAGCAACAGAGUCAACUCAUUGCGGAACUCGCUCCGGACAUCAUGAAGUGCGUGAAGGACGCCAAUGGGAAUCAUGUUGUUCAGAAACUAAUCGAACGUGUUUCACCGGAUCGUCUCACCUUCGUUGAAGCCUUCAAGGGAAGUGUCUACGAUUUGUCGACGCAUACGUACGGCUGUCGUGUUCUGCAAAGAUGCCUUGAGCACCUCACCGAGGAGCAAACUCGUCCGUUAUUGGAUGAGCUGCAUGAGCAUACUGCCAACCUCAUGCAAGACCAGUUUGGGAACUACGUUGUGCAGUUUGUGCUAGAACACGGCCAGCCUGAAGAUCGCGCUCGUGUCAUUGCUAAGUUGCGUGGCCAGAUGCUUAUGAUGGCUUGUCACAAGUUUGCAUCCAAUGUCUGCGAGAAAGCGUUAAUGACGGCCGAUUCCGAAUCCCGUCGUCUGCUCAUCGACGAGUUGAUGACGCCUAAGCCAAAUGGCGUCAGCCCUGUGCAACUCAUGAUGAAGGACCAGUUUGCAAACUAUGUUCUGCAACGUGCACUGAGCGUGGUCGAAGGUGAUCAACUGCAAGCCUUAGCCAGCCGUAUCCGUCCCCACCUGGGUAGCAUGCGCAAGUUCACUGCGGGAAGUUUCAACAAGCAUUUGACAGCCAGUAAGUGA